CCUGCAAAUUUGGGGAGAGGGCCGCGUCAUGGAGUUUCAGAUCCCUCUGUCCGCGAGGACCUCCUCCGGCCGUCGGGAGGCUCCCAGUUCUUCGUAUCAGAGCCUCUCCCAGCCAGAGAGAUCUGUGUCCCGACUAGAAGGUCACUGCUGGACUCUAGUGUAUUGCCUCCAUUCCCGAGUGUUUCCCUGUCUUCUUCAGUCUUCUACA